ACGCAUUUGGCAUUCAAAUUAACAACAAAAGAAAUGUCAAUCGUGAUUUCUACAAUAAACUGAAAUUAAAUCAAAUUUAUAGUCAUAAGUCAUUAAAACUUAUUGAUUUUUUGUUAAAGGAAAUAUGCAACUUUAUUAAUCGCAAUGAUGGUCUUAAAGCACGAAGAUGAGAUGAUUUCAAUAAAAACUGCAAAUAUCGGCGAUAGAAUUGAGAGUGGCGGCUCAUUCGGCACCGUUAAGUAUAUCGGUUUAAUCGAGGGCUACACGAACAUCUGGCUCGGCGUCGAUUGGGACUACAGCGACCGCGGGAAGCACAAUGGUAGCGUUAACGGCGUGAGCUAUUUCUGCACGAGGACGCCGACGUCCGGUUCCUUUAUACGACCCGAGAAGGUCCACCUCGGCCGGUCGGUAAUGAAAGCGAUCACGUCGCGUUACGGACAAAUGGACGACGAGGCCGCUGCCAAAUUGACCGAAGCGGAACUGUACAGUAUUCAGAAGACCAUGAACGCGCCCUUCCUGGAGUUUGUCGGUUUCGACGAGAUCGCCAGUAAACAAAGCAACUUCCAGAAGCUGGAGGUGAUCAAUUUGCGACUGCAGAACGUCAGCAACAUCGACGGUCAGGUCGGUUUGCGAGAACUCUGCCCGCACGUCGUCGAGCUCGACGUCUCGAAGAAUCUGUUUACCGAAUGGACGACCAUCUUCAACAUUUGCCUUCAGCUGGAGCUGCUGAAGUGGUUGAAUGUCAGCGAGAACAUUAUGGGGGAGAUGCCGACCGAUUACGGAUAUUAUCGAUUUCCGAAGUUAAAGUCGUUAAUCUGCGGCACGAUGCGGUUGGAUUGGGAUACCGUGUUGGAAUUGGGGCGGGUCUAUCCGUUCGUGGACGAGUUGCGAGCGCCGCUUAACGGAAUUACAACUUUGGAUACGCCCGAAGGUCUGUUUCCGAAUCUCGCCGUACUCGACUUGGAAGGAAAUCCGAUCGGUGGUUGGGAGGAAGUUUGUAAGCUCGCGGCGAUUCCGCGCUUGGAACAUUUGAACGUCGAAAAUACGGGAAUUACGCGAAUUUACUUUCAGAAGUCGAAUAUGUUUCCUAAUUUGAAGAAGCUGGUGAUAUCGUGCAAUCGUAUUGGUGACUGGGAGUCGAUAGGGGAGCUUGACAAACUACAGUGCCUGGAAGAUCUUCGCUUUUUAAAAAAUCCAAUUUUGGAAUCGGAAACGUACGCCACCUGCAUACAGCUAAUAAUCGCUCGAAUUGGCAACCUGCAGGUUCUCAACGGCGCAGUACUUCGUUCGGACGAACGAAAAGGCGCCGAAUACGACUAUAUAAAAAAGUACGGCUUGGAAUGGCUGAGUGUCCAAAGUGACGCCGAGCGAAAGCUACAGUUCAUCAGGCAGCACAAUCGCUACGAAACGCUCAUCGAAAAGUACGGUACGCCAGACGAGAGCGAGCUCGCCGCCAAGCAGACCGUCAUCAAGGUGUCUUUAAUCGAAGUGUUAUUUGUGCAUAAUGAAAAAUCGCGCACCAAGAAGCUGCCACCGACGAUACUCGUUCAAAAACUGAUAAUGCUGGCCCAAAAAUUGUUCGCCCUGUCCUCCAGGCCGACUUUAAAGUACGUAAGCGGCCUCGCGUCCGAAAUCGAGAUCGAGCUGAACGACGAGGGCAAGGAGUUGGGAUUCUAUUCCGUUCAAGAUGGUGAUAAAAUUAUUGUAACAUUGUGAUAAUAAUAAAUUUAUUAAUAAUAAACGUUAUAUAGCUAA